AUGACGGCAAGACUUGUGAGCGAGAGCGAAGACUACGACGACGAGCUUGUGAGCGAGAGCGAAGACUACGACGACGAGCCGACGGCCGCUGUCGAGAAGGGUGCGUUGUGCCUUCUCUGCCAAGCUCGACCGCGCACGGCGGGCAUGGCGCACGGCUACUACAUCCAUAUCUACUGCUGCUUUGAAUGCGGCAAGAAGGUGUUUCGAGAGCAGAAGGUUUGCGACGUGUGCACGCGGCCGAUCGACCGGGUCAUGCACGUGCUCCCGCUAAGCACCCAGGCCGAAGCGUGGAUCCGCAACGUGCGGGAGAGCGCAUCUCAAGCGAGCGACUGGAGCAUCGAGUCGCGCCCAGACCAGUGA